AUGGCCGUGGUGAGGCUGGCCUGUUCCAACACCCGCUUCACUAACAUUUACGGGAUCUUCGGGGCCCUCCUGGUCGUUGGCUUUGAUUUGAGCUUCAUUGUGCUGUCCUACGCCAAGAUCCUGCAGGCGGUCCUGAGUCUGGCUACCAAGGAGGAGCAGCACAAAGCCUUUGGCACCUGCCUGUCCCAUGUCUGCGCCAUCCUGAUCUUCUACGUCCCGGUGAUCCUCUCCUCCUUCCUACACAGGUUCAGCUCCCAUGUUCCCACCUACAUCCACAUUCUCCUGGCUAACUUCUACCUGCUCUUCCCGCCAAUGAUGAACCCCAUUAUUUAUGGGGUGCAGACAAAGCAGAUCCGAGAGAGGGUUCUCCACCUCUUCUAUCCCCAGCAGCUGUUAGGAAAGGCAGCCUUGUAG